UACUCUGUCUCACUUCAAAUCACUGAUAUUUUCUCUCCCAUUCUUUGUCCCUAUUAUAUAGCUUCUCCUUCCUUCCACAUAUUUUCUCCGUGUACCUUUUGUUUUUUUCCUUUCCCAAUGGAAAAUAUCAAGCAUAGCUAUGUAGAUGUAAGAGGACUCAAGCUUCAUGUAGCUGAAAUUGGAACCGGUCCAAAGGUAGUGCUGUUCUUGCAUGGAUUUCCAGAACUAUGGUAUACAUGGCGCCAUCAAAUGAUUGCUGUGGCCAACAGCGGUUACAGAGCUAUUGCUUUCGAUUACAGGGGAUAUGGACUCUCUGACAUCCCACCGGAGCCGGAAAAAGGAAACUUCAGAGACCUUAUUGAUGAUUGCAUUGGCGUUUUGGACUCUUUGGGCAUCAACAAGGCUAUUCUAGUUGGGAAAGACGUUGGAGCAUUUGUAGCAUACUUAGUACCAGUGAUCUACCCGGAAAGAGUAUCCGCCAUAGUAGUCCUAGGUGUUCCUUUCAUGCUACCAGGCUCUGGCGUCCAAGGUCUUCUUGCAUCUAAAGGCUUCUAUGUAUCAAGGUUCCAUGAACCAGGACGAGCUGAAGCAGAUUUUGCUCGGUUUGAUAUAAAAACAAUUGUGAGGAACAUCUAUACUCUCUUCUCAGGUAGUGAGGUCCCAACAGCAGCUGAUGAUCAGGAAAUCAUGGACUUGUUUGAUCCAUCUAAUCCUCUUCCACCUUGGUUCUCUGAAGAUGAUCUCAAUGUCUAUGCUUCUUUGUAUGAAAAGUCCGGAUUUGGUUAUCCCCUGCAGGUUCCAUACAGGAGUUUGACAAUAGAUAUUGGUAUAAAUGAACCAAAAAUAACAGUACCAGCAUUCCUUAUAAUAGGCGACAAGGACUAUGUCUUAAAAUUUCCAGGGCUAGCAGACUACAUACAUAGUGGAGCAAUGAAGCAGAUUAUUCCUAAUUUGGAGCUAACAUUUGUGGCAGAAGGAUGUCAUUUUGUGCCUGAACAAUUCCCGGAGCAGAUUAAUCAGCUUAUCAUCCCAUUCCUCGACAAGCAUAGUAUCUGAUUUGAACAACAUAUAAUCCAUAGCAAGGGUUUGAAUAAAUUAAAUGUUUCGUUAUGUAUUUGAGAUGUUGUACCAAAAUAAUGGUCUUGUGCUAUGUUCUUAAGAUUUACAGACAAUUAGUCCAAGAGCCAUAAUGGCUCUUUUAUCGGGGGAAGUCUAUUAAAAGCAGUCAUCCAAUGAGAACCGUCCAACUUAACCAUGAGUUUUCGCCAUUAUGAAAGAAGAAAGUGUUUCUUGGUACUUUUAUCAUAAUA